ACAGGUGUGUCUCCCGGCCUUCAGGCUCUGGGUCUCACUCCCUGCUCAGCCGCCCAGGAGGUCAUCCACCCUGCAGCCCCAGCCAGCCCGAAGGAGACCCGACAAGUGUCCCGCGAUGGAAGCCGCAGACGCCUCCAGGAGCAACGGGGCCAGCCCAGAAGCCAGGGACGCCCGCAGUCCCUCAGGCUCCCACGAUGGCCUGCAGAAUGGCACCAAGGGUGAGGGCAAGGACCCCAAGACCACCAACGGCCACCACGGCGGAGAGGCAGCCGAAAACAAGAGCCUGGGCAGCGCCCUGAAGGCAGGAGAGGGGAAGAGCGCCCUGUUUUCCGGCAAUGAGUGGCGGCGUCCCAUCAUCCAGUUCGUGGAGUCCGUGGAUGACAAGGGCUCCAACUACUUCAGCAUGGACUCUGCGGAAGGCAGGAGGUCGCCCUACGCGGGGCUCCAGCUGGGGGCCAAGAAGCCUGCCGUCACUUUCGCUGAGAAGGGGGAGCUGCGCAAGUCCAUCUUCUCGGAGCCUCGCAAGCCCUCAGUGUCCAUCGUGGAGCCGGGCGAGACCCGGCGGAACAGCUACCCGCGGGCCGAGUCCAGCCACUUGCUGCGGUCCAAGUCCGCCUCGGAGGAGGUGCUGUGCGACUCCUGCAUCGGCAACAAGCAGAAGGCUGUCAAGUCCUGCCUGGUGUGCCAGGCCUCCUUCUGCGAGCUGCACCUCAAGCCCCACCUGGAGGGCGCCGCCUUCCGUGACCACCAGCUGCUGGAGCCCAUCAGAGACUUCGAGGCCCGCAAGUGCCCCCUGCACGGCAAGACCAUGGAGCUCUUCUGUCAAACCGACCAGACCUGCAUCUGCUACCUCUGCAUGUUCCAGGAGCACAAGAACCACAGCACCGUGACGGUGGAAGAGGCCAAGGCUGAGAAGGAGACGGAGCUGUCACUACAGAAGGAACAGUUGCAGCUCAAGAUCAUCGAGAUUGAGGAUGAAGCUGAGAAAUGGCAGAAGGAGAAGGACCGCAUCAAGAGCUUCACCACCAAUGAGAAGGCCAUCCUGGAACAGAACUUCCGGGACUUAGUGCGGGACCUGGAGAAACAGAAGGAGGAAGUAAGGGCUGCACUGGAGCAGCGGGAGCAGGAUGCUGUGGACCAAAUAAAGAUUAUUGUGGAUGCUCUGGAUGAGAGGGCCAAGGUGCUGCAUGAGGACAAGCAGACCCGGGAUCAGCUACACAGCAUCAGUGACUCAGUGCUGUUUCUGCAGGAAUUUGGGGAAUUGAUGAGCAAUUACUCCUUCCCCCCACCCCUGCCCACCUACCAUGUCCUGCUGGAAGGUGAGGGCCUGGGACAGUCGCUGGGCAACUUCAAGGAUGACCUGCUCAAUGUGUGCAUGCGCCAUGUUGAGAAGAUGUGCAAGGCUGACCUCAGCCGCAACUUCAUUGAGAGGAACCACAUGGAGAAUGGUGGCGACCAUCGCUACAUGAACAGCUACACAAACAACUUUGGGAAUGAGUGGAGCACGCCUGACACCUUGAAGAGAUACUCGAUGUACCUCACCCCCAAGGGUGGAGCCCGCACAUCCUAUCAGCCAUCGUCCUCAGGCCGUCUGUCUAAGGAGACCAACCAGAAGAACUUCAACAAUCUCUACGGCACCAAAGGAAACUACACCUCCCGAGUCUGGGAAUAUUCCUCCUCCAUCCAGAGCUCAGAAGACCUGCCCCAGGUCCAGGGCAGCUCCUCCUUCUCGCUGAAAGGCUAUCCCUCGCUCAUCCGGAGCCAGGCCCCCAAGACCCAGCCCCAGACCUGGAAAUCUGGGAAGCAGACUCUGUUGUCUCACUAUAGGCCUUUCUACGUCAACAAAGGCAACGGGAUGGGGUCCAACGAGGCCCCCUGAACACUGGCAAGAGGGACCGAGGCAUCGCACCCCCCACCCUGCCCACCUCACACUUUCUCAGCUGCUGCUGUCCGGGUGGGAGCAGGUGCAUCUCACCUGACCUCAUGGUCAGCCAUGUUCCCUUGAGACUGUCCUGCUUGGUGACCUCUGAUGGUCACCCUUCCUACACCUAGCAGCUAACCUAGGGAGGGCUAAGCAGCAGGUGGGCUUCUCCUCCCUCCCCCACCCUGCCCUUCUGGGGCUGGAUCACUGGGUCCUCUGUGGAAUCAGCCUGCCCUCCCGCCCAUGCCCUUUGGCCUCCAGGCCUGGUGACUGUUCCUCUCUAAGGCAUCAUCUCUGUAGUGUGGGCAGGAGGUGCCAGCCCACCCCUGUCUCCCACUCUUGCAGCCUAACCUUGCCAGAAGAAGACUGGGCCGUGAGGGCACACCUCACCAUAGCCCAGCCUGGCAGAACCUCAGCUUAUUGCCGCCUUGGAGGGGACCUUUCGGUAUCCUGGCUGCCUCCUGCCUGUAGUGUCUGCCAAGCUCACUCUGAGACUGCAGGCCCCGGAGGACAAGCUUUCCCAGCUGGAGGGAUGGUCGUGUUCAGUCUUAGCCCUCUCUUCUACCUGUUAGCACAAGUAAUUCCCUGGAUGCCAUAUACAACAGCCCUGAAAACAGCUAAUGGCCCCGCUUCCCUAGGACUGCUUCUUCUCUGUGGGACUUCAGGCUUUCAGGCUGGUAAUGGCCGCUAGUGUCUGGAAGGCUGUCUACACAUUGCCCUGUCAGGGACUCUGCUGCUCCCCCGGCUACCUUCCAUGCCUGUCACACGUCACAGGGUCCGGAGAGGAGACCAAGUCAAAAGCAGCCUGGUGGCCUCCUAAGUUCAAGGAUGGAUGGGGUCUACAGAGGUGGCCAGCUUGCAGGGGUGGGAGGGGAUUUUUUGCUCGGGCUCUCCCCUCCUCAAUAAAGUAUGCAUCAUGCACUUCUCUGGU